AUGCGGUCAGCUUCUGGGGCGGCGGCCAGCGACGACGAGUUGGAGGGCGAGAGGGAGGAGGAGGAGGAGGAGGAGGAGGAGGAGGAGGAGGGGGAGGAGGAGGAGGAGGGGGAGGGGGAGGAGGAGGAGGAGGGGGAGGGGGAGGAGAAGCAGGAGGGGGAGGAGAGCGGCGACGUCGACUGGGAGGAGGAAUUGCGCCAGGCUGAGGUGGUUCUGCGCAGCAUCCUGCGGAGCCGCGCGGAGCCGGCUCUGCUAUGGCGCUCGGAGGUGGGUGCAGGCGACGGCGGCGACGAUGAGGCGAUCGCCCCGGACGAUGAGGCCACCAUCACCUGGGUGCUCUCGCGCCGCGACGUGGAUGCCGAGGACAGGGUGAUCGUGCUGCGAGGCUUCAUCGCGCUCGUCAACGGGCUGCCGCCGCCGCGCGACUCCAACUUCCGGCCCGAGACUGACGAGGAGCUCGCGAAGCAGGAGGCGGAGGACGAGGACUCGGUUGAGGCGAGCUUCGGCGAGGUUGAGGGCCAGCAGUCGCCCUUCCGGCGCGGCUCCACCGUGGUGGCGGCGGCGGCGGCGCUCUUCAAGGCCGUGAUCGGCGCUGGCAUCUUCGCGUUUCCGCCCGCCGUUCGUGCGUGCGGGCUGGUCCUCGGCUCUUGCUUCGCCUUUGCUAUCGGCCUCAUCUCGCUCUUCGUCACUUGGGCGACCAUUGAGGCGGUGCGAGAGCUCCGCCGGCGAGGGAUGAAGGCGGCCUCGAACGGGCGGAUCGAGUACGUAGAGAUGACGCACAUCUACUCGCCGCGCGCCAACGGAGCCAUCACCGCGCUCACCAUGUGGGGGCAGUACUCGUCGGUGCUCGGGUACUUUAUCUUUGUGCACGAGACGCUCGCGCCGCUGCUGCCGCUGCCGAGUCAGGCGGUCUUUGCGCUCAUCGGCGGCGCCGUCUGCCCGCUCGUCCUGCUGCGCAAGACCUCGCACCCCGCCUUUGAGGCGGCGAUGGCCUUUGGCAACGUGGCGGUCGCGCUCGCGCUCGGCACGAUCGUCUUUUACGGGCUCGUUCAGGCGCCGGAGCGGCCGCCGCUGGACGAGCUGCGGCUGGCGGACCCUUCCGGGCUCGGCCUCAUGUUUGGGGUGAGCCUGCUCAUGUUCUCGUGCCACCUCGAGGCGGUCACGAUCGAGCAGGACAUGGCGCGGCGCGGCGCGUUCGACCGGAUGCUCGUGUGGAGCUUCGUCGUCCUGGCGGCUCUCUUCCUCGGCUUCGGCGCCUGCGUCUACCUCUCGUUUGGAGAGGCGACCGGCCGGGUGCGGGCGGCGGGCGGCGGCUGGGCCGAGGCGACGGUGAUGCAGAACCUGCCCGAGGGCGGCUUCCUGACGGCGGUCAAGCUGCUGAUGAGCCUCAACCUGCUGCUCAUGACGCCAAUCACGAUGCUGCCCGCCAGCCGCGCCAUCGAGGCACCCCUCCGCCUCUCCGCCCGCCCGCUCGCCCGCAGCGCCCUCCGCGUCGCCGUCCUCGCCGGCAUCACCGCCGCGGCGGCCGUGGUGCCCGAUUUCGAGACUGUGGUCGGCCUCACAGGCAGCCUGGGCGGGCUGACCGCCUUCACGCUCCCGGCGCUCCUCUUUGGGCACUUUUGCGGCGCGGACCACCCGCUCGGCCGCGCCCUGGCGAGCGGCGUGGCGGCCUUUGGGGCGCUGGGGACGGCCUGGAGUUUCUGGCAGAUCUGCUUCCCGGCGGCGGAGACGAGCUGA